AAAUUUGCACCUUCAUUCUGUCCACUUAUAAAUAUACCUAUGAUAAUUCCUUACUUGCUGGGUUAUUCUUUUUUCUACCAUAAUGAUUUCCAAGAUGUUCUUUUUUCUCCUCUUGCUAGCACACCUUCAACCAGAAGCAUUGGUGAAAGGAGACGUGACUUUGAUAAGGAAAACCUGCAAGAACACCAACUACUUCGAUCUAUGCUUCUCCUCCUUGAGAUCCGAUCCAAGUAGCAGCGACGCAGACCCAAAGGGCUUGGCUAUGAUCAUGGUUGGGAUUGGAAUGGCCAAUGCUACUUCCACUUCUCUCUAUUUGUCCUCUCAGACUCAGUUGCUUGGCACUGCCAACGAUUCCACCAAAAGGGUGGUGAAGGAGUGUGCAGAGAAGUACAGCUAUGCCACCAAUGCCCUCCAAGCUUGUGCACAGGAUCUGGCUAAUGGGGCAUAUGACUAUGCUUCCAUGCACAUCGCUGCAGCUUCUGAUUACCCCAAUGUUUGUCACAACAUGUUCAAACGUUACCAAGGUUUGGUUUAUCCUCCUGAGUUGGCUCGUAGAGAGGAUGGUUUGAAGCGUAUAUGCGAUGUUGCUCUGGGGAUUGUUCAGAAUCUUGAUUGCUAGGUUGGCAUGUGAGCCACUUAUUGUUACCUGGUGUUUGUUUAUUUCUUUCAGUAGAAGUUGUUCUAUGUAAUUUAUUGGACUAUUUUGUAUUUAGGGGUCCAUUUUUAACUCGAAUUUGUAAAAACGUUUCUCAAUUUCUUUUUUUGAGAAACAGGGUAAGUCGUCGGGAUGAAGGACGACAUUCAAGGUGAAGUCGUCCUCCUUCCAGCCAGUUUCAUAUUUAAAAAAAAAAAAACAAAGUCGUUAGGGACGAGUUCGGUUUCUAGUCAUGUCCACAGUGAAGUCGUCUUCAUGGUUGACGACUUCAUUUUUAGGUUUUUUUUUUUGAACAAUAAGUGGUAAAAAAAAUAAUAAAUUGGAAUAAAAAUAAAAAUAAACAUUAAUAUA